GAAAUGUAUGACUAUUUGUGUAAAUACGAUAAAGAUCAAAAACUCUGGACCAGUGCUAAGAGACAUGAAUUCUACAAUGAAAAUGUCUCAGCCGGAGAAUUAGCAUUUCAUAACAUGCGCAAUAUAAAUCCCUCGGAAGUCAUGCAAAUUAGCGAUUCCGAGGGCACGAUAUUAACUUAUGGCUCCGCUUUAACUUCGGCCAUAAGAAUAGCACAACAUUUUGAGACGAUCGGCUUAACAGAAGAUGAUAUGGUGAGUAUUUUUGCUCCCAAUACAACAUAUGUUAUGCCUGUGGCCUUGGCAGCUUGGUUCAAUGGUACUGCUUUCCAGCCCAUGAAUACAGUAAUGGAAACAAAUGUUUGUGUGCAAAUUUUCGAUAAAAUUAAACCCAAGAUUAUAUUCUGUGAUGGUUUACAUUAUGAAAAGUUGAAAAAGGCGGCGGUCGCUUUUAAACCAACUAUUUAUACAAUCUGUAAUCAUUUGGAUAAUGUGCCACGAAUCGAGGAACUGUUAGAGCCUACAAAAAGUGAACAAUAUUACAAACCCAAACCUUUAACACGAGGUCCCACUCAAACUAUGGUUGUUAUGCAUUCAUCCGGCACGACAGGCUUACCCAAGGGAAUAUGUGUAUCAAAUCGUUAUGUUCUAGCAGAUUUUACUGUAACCUAUCAAUAUGAUACAAUAUUCUCCACCAGCAGCGUAGAUUGGUUAAGUGGUCUAAUGACUCUCUGUGUCAAUGUUUUGAUAGGGGGCUUAAGAGUCAUUACUAGCAAACCCUAUUCAGCGGAAUAUUUACAUGAAAUUAUUACCAAAUACAAAAUUAGUGUCUUGAUCACCAAUCCCUCGGUCAUGUUGGAAUUAACUUCAUUGCCCUGCUACUCCAAGGAAACCAUGAAGAGUGUGCGUACUUUAAUUUUGGGAGGCUCUUCGUGUCCAGAAAAGACUCAAAAUCUUAUACGUUCCACUUUAAUAAAUGGUCAAUUGUAUUGUGGUUAUGGCAGCACUGAAAUGGGCGUUAUUACGCUUAAUAAUAGCAAUUAUAAAUCAAAAUCGGUGGGUCAAAUUUUACCCAAUUUUGAAAUGAAAAUUGUGGAUACCAGCACAGGCGAACGUUUGGGUCCUAAUGAAAAAGGUGAGGUCUGUCUGCGUAAAACUAAUGAUGAAUGGCUGGGAUAUUAUAAUAAUCCUGAGGCAAAUAAAUCUGCAAUAGAUAGCGAAGGCUUUCUUCGCACUGGCGACUUGGGUUAUGUGGAUGAUGAACAUUAUUUGUUUAUAGUGGAUCGUUGUCGUGAUGUUAUGAAAUAUUGGGGCUAUAAAUGGUCACCCCAUGAAAUAGAGGUAUUGGUCGCCGAAAUGCCCGAAGUUAAGGAAGUUUGUGCUUUUGGUGUUUACGAUGAUGUCAAAUUAUAUGUACCUGCUGCAGCAGUGGUAGUAAAACCGGGCUGCUCUCUAACGGCACAAGAUGUGGUGGAAUUUAUGAAACGUCGCAGUGAAGUCCAUUAUAAACAUUUAGAUGCUGGUGCUUUUAUUUUGAAGGAAUUACCACGUAACAGAAAUGGUAAAGUUGUAAGAGAGAAAGUCUUGGAAAUGUGUUUGGCAAUGAAGAAGGAAGAAAAUGAACAUGUGGAUAGAUAAAGCCAAUUGAAUAGAUAUAACUUAGUUUUUAUUAUAUUAUAGAAUUUUUAAACUAAAUUUUAA